UAACCAAUCAGAGAAAAUUCACUAAACUCAAAUUUGAUGAACUUUGCUCUGAUUGGCCAAUUUUCAAUUUAAUCUCAAUCUUAAUCCAUAGUCUGAUACAGGUUUUACAGACAUUGUAGACGAGCCUUAAUAUAGGUUUAGGUGUAAAAAGUACAAGACGAGACAAACCUAUGGCGAUAGAUCAUGUGAUAAAAGUAUAUAUUUAUGCUAUGUGAGAUAAUUCUCCACACAUACCUAUAAGAAAAUAUUUUACAUUGAUAAGUUCAUAAAAGCAACAAUAUGAGUGGAAAAACUGAUUUGGAAGAGCUUUCACAUGAUACAAACUUGGUUAACAAGUUAGAACAAUUCAGCAAUGCAGCUUUUAAAGUAAAAGAUAUGGUAGAAUUAGUUAAUAAUCCAGUGUUAUAUGAGAAACUCUCGAGACCAGACAAGAUCAAGUACAACUUAUUACUGUCAUUUAGCCUUAACAGUUUAUUUUGGAUGUAUUUACGUGCUGAAGGAAUUGACCCAUCAAAGCACCCAAUUAAAUCACAGAAUGAGCGACUAAAGAAGGCAAUGAUACGAGCAAAGCAAAUUGAAGAUAAGAAUACACUUAUGCCACAUAUAAACAAGGAAGCUGCUAAAAGAUUUAUCAGGAGUAGCUUAUGGAAACUGAAGCAAAAGAAGUUCAAAAAAGAUGUUGAGAAGCGAACUGAUGAAUCUUAGGAUUACUUAUAUAAAUCUAGUUGUCAUAAUCUACCUAUAUAAAUAAGUUUUGUUAUAUUUUUGCACUUAUAAAAUAAAGAAUUUAAGUACAUCCUAUUUCCAUCUAAAA